AUGGGGAAGAAGCUAUUGGGUAAGCGGGAUGUGAAGAAACCGCGCUGCGUUAUACAACACAAGCCAAGACAAAGCUGGCCUUUCAAAAACUAUGUCAAAACCAUGAAGGAGGAAAAGGGACUUUCUGAUCUCCACUUAACAUCGAUAGAUAUGUUCUCUGAAUCCCCAGAUGCCAUGCCUCCUGCCCUUCCCACCAAAGAGGGUUGCACUUUGGUCCAGCAGAUGACGAGCAGCAAAGCAAAGUCCAUGGGAACCAGGCAGCUGCCCGCCGAGCCGCUCUCCCAGCAGUGGGCUGUGGGCAUGAGCCUGCUGAUGGCCCUGGUGGUGCUGCUUAUCGUGGCCGGCAACGUGCUGGUGAUCGCGGCCAUCGGGCGCACGCAGCGGCUGCAGACCCUCACCAACCUCUUCAUCACCUCGCUGGCCUGCGCGGACCUGGUGAUGGGGCUGCUGGUGGUGCCCUUCGGGGCCACGCUGGUGGUGCGGGGCACCUGGGUCUGGGGAUCCUUCCUCUGCGAGUGCUGGACCUCCCUGGACGUGCUCUGCGUGACGGCCAGCAUCGAGACCUUGUGCGUCAUCGCCAUUGACCGCUACCUGGCCAUCACCUCGCCUUUCCGCUACCAGAGCCUCAUGACCAAGGGUCGGGCCAAGGGCAUCAUCUGCACCGUCUGGGCCAUCUCUGCCCUGGUCUCCUUCUUGCCCAUCAUGAUGCAUUGGUGGCGGGACGAGGACCCCCAGGCGCUGGAGUGCUACCAGGACCCAGGCUGCUGCGACUUCGUCACCAACAGGGCUUACGCCAUUGCCUCGUCCAUCAUUUCUUUCUACAUCCCCCUCCUCAUCAUGAUCUUUGUGUACCUCCGGGUGUAUAGAGAGGCCAAGGAGCAGAUCAGGAAGAUCGAUAGGUGUGAGGGCCGGUACGACCAGCCGCAGCCCCCCCCACCCCCUCACCACCAGCCCAUCCUCGGCAACGGCCGAGCCAGCAAGCGGAAGACUUCCCACAUCAUGGCCAUGAAGGAGCAGAAAGCCCUCAAGACUUUGGGCAUCAUUAUGGGGGUGUUCACCCUCUGCUGGCUCCCUUUCUUCCUGGUGAACAUCGUCAACGUCUUCAACAGGGACCUGGUGCCGGACUGGCUCUUCGUUUUCUUCAACUGGCUGGGCUACGCCAACUCCGCUUUCAACCCCAUCAUCUACUGCCGCAGCCCCGGGAAAGCGGACGGGCGGCGGCACGCCAGUGGCGGGGAGCUGGCCCGGCUGCCCGGGGGCUUCAUCAGCACCGUGGGCUCCCCUGAGCGCAGCCUGGGAGGGACCUGGUCCGACUGCAACGGGGGCACGCAGGGCGGCAGCGAGUCCAGCCUGGAGGAAAGAAAUAGCAAAACAUCCGAUUCGGAGUCCAAGGUAUAA